AUGCAGGCUAGCUGCCUUAUUGCUGUGGACUCGAGCGCCAAGCUCUGGAACGGAGUGCCGAUUCAAGCAAAGAACCUCGGCUACUGGCUACUCCAGAAGAUUACCCCGUCUUCCGCUGGCUUCCCGAGCAAGCCGGACAUGAGCGUCGGCGAGCGCCUCAAGAUGAUUCUCAAGCUCCUCACCAUCUUCCCCGUGAGCCUCGCCCUCAACAUCCUGCGCAUGCUCGUGCUGUCCGUCGUGCACGGCAUGAAGCUGCGCCCGUCGCUGCUGGCCGCCGUCGUGCGCACCACCUUUGGCAUCCUGACGGGCAAGGAGAUUCAGAAGCUGCAGCCGACGACGCGCCAAGAGUACGCCAAGUUCAUCAAGUACGCGGCCAAGCGGUGGAGCGCGCCCAACUUCAAGAACCGCGUCGUCUACGACGUGCAGGAGCUCAACAAGGGUGUCGACGACUCGGCCAUUCUCUGGCUCGGCGACCGCAAAAAGGCAAAAAAGGUGGUCCUCUUCCUCCACGGCGGCGGCUACGUGCUGCCCGCCUCCGACGGCCACUUCCUCUGGGCCUGGAACGCCUACGUCAUGUCGGGCGUCGAGGCCGGCGUCGAGACGGCCGUCGCCUUCUUGCAGUACACGCUCGCGCCCCGCGGCGUCCUGCCCGGCCCCCUGCGCCAGACCGUCGCCGCCUACGAGGAGGUCCGCGCGCAGGGCUUCCAGGCACGCGACGUGGUCGUCGGCGGCGACUCGGCCGGCGGGAACCUGACGAUGCAGUUCCUCGGCCACGCCCUCCAUCCGCAGCCAACCGUUACCGAGCUCAAGCUGUCGGAGCCCCUUGCCGGCGCCUUCCUCGUGUCUGCCUGGCUGGGCCAGAGCGACGACACCGAGUCCUUCCGCACCUUUGGUAAUAAUGACAUGGUCAGCACGGCUAUCAUCCAGAAGCUGGGACCGGAGUCGAUUGACCCUCACAAGCACGCUACCGUCAGGUUUGAGUCAGACCCUUGGUCGCGCCCCCUCGAGGCCGACUUUGGCUGGUUCCAAGGCUUUGAAGCGAUUACGCCCAAGCUCUACAUCACGUAUGGCGGCCGAGAGGUGCUGCGCGACCACAGCCUUGCCAUGAUUGAGACAAUCAAGCGCGAGGCGCCCGCCGUGAACUUGCUCACCUACGAGGCCCCCAAGGAGCUCCACGACGGUGUUCUCCUUGAGCACAUUUUCAAGAAGCCCGACCACAACGCCAAGAAGAUGAAGACAUGGUUCAAGAGCGUCAUCAUUGAAUAA